AUGGCGGCGUUGCUCCGAGGGUUAGGCGGGCUGCCGCUGCUGCCGCUGCUCCUCCUACUGCUGCUGCUGGGCGACCCGCGCGGGGUGGACGGCUACUUCCCAGAAGAGCGCUGGAGCCCCGAGUCCCCGCUACAGGCGCCGAGUGUGCUCAUCGCGCUGCUGGCGCGGAACGCGGCACCCGCGCUGCCCGCCACGCUGGGCGCCCUGGAGCGGCUGCGCCACCCACGGGAGCGCACGGCGCUGUGGGUGGCCACAGAUCACAACACUGACAACACUUCAGCCAUACUUCGAGAGUGGCUGGUGGCUGUGAAGGGUUUAUAUCACUCUGUAGAGUGGCGGCCGGCAGAGGAGCCCAGCUCCUACCCAGAUGAAGAAGGCCCCAAACACUGGUCUGAUUCCCGCUACGAGCAUGUCAUGAAAUUGCGCCAAGCAGCCUUGAAGUCAGCUAGGGACAUGUGGGCUGAUUACAUUCUGUUUGUGGACAGCGACAACUUGAUCACCAACCCUGACACUCUGAGCCUGCUCAUCGCCGAGAACAAGACGGUGGUGGCCCCCAUGCUGGACUCCCGAGCAGCAUAUUCCAACUUCUGGUGUGGGAUGACUUCGCAGGGCUACUACAAGCGCACCCCUGCCUACAUCCCCAUCCGAAAGCGAGAGCGCAGGGGCUGCUUUGCAGUUCCCAUGGUGCACUCCACCUUCCUCGUUGACCUGCGGAAGGCCGCGUCCAGGAGCCUGGCCUUCUACCCACCACACCCCGACUACACCUGGUCUUUUGACGACAUCAUCGUCUUUGCCUUCUCCUGUAAACAGGCAGAGGUGCAAAUGUACGUGUGCAAUAAGGAGGUGUACGGCUUCCUGCCUGUGCCGCUGCGCACACACAGCAGCCUGCAGGACGAGGCAGAGAGCUUCAUGCACGUGCAGCUGGAGGUCAUGGUGAAGCAUCCGCCAGUGCAGCUCUCCCGGUUCAUCUCAGCACCCAGGAAGACUGCAGACAAGAUGGGCUUCGACGAGGUCUUCAUGAUUAACCUGAAGCGAAGGCGGGACCGGCGAGAACGCAUGCUGCGGGCACUGCAUGAGCAGGAGAUUGACUGCCGGCUGGUGGAGGCUGUGGAUGGCAAAGCCAUGAAUACCAGCCAGGUGGAGGCCAUGGGCAUCCAGAUGCUGCCUGGCUACCGGGACCCCUACCAUGGGCGGCCACUCACCAAGGGAGAGCUGGGCUGCUUUCUCAGCCACUACAACAUCUGGAAGGAGGUGGUUGACCAGGGACUACAGAAAUCACUAGUGUUUGAGGAUGAUCUGCGGUUUGAGAUCUUCUUCAAGAGACGUCUGAUGAACCUCAUGCGGGAUGUGGAGCGUGAGGGGCUGGACUGGGACCUCAUCUACGUGGGCCGGAAGCGCAUGCAGGUGGAGCACCCUGAAAAGGCUGUGCCCCGUGUAAGGAACCUGGUGGAGGCUGAUUACUCCUACUGGACGCUAGCCUAUGUAAUCUCCCUGCAAGGUGCUCGGAAAUUGCUUGCUGCCAAGCCACUAGCCAAAAUGUUACCUGUUGACGAGUUUCUGCCUGUCAUGUUUGACAAGCACCCAAUGUCAGAGUAUAAGAGUCACUUCUCACCCCGCAGCCUGCGUGCCUUCUCGGUGGAGCCCCUCCUCGUCUACCCUACACACUACACGGGGGAUGACGGCUAUGUGAGUGACACGGAGACCUCGGUUGUGUGGAAUAAUGAGCAGGUUAAGACUGACUGGGACCGAGCCAAGUCCCAGAAGAUGCGAGAACAGCAAGCACUGAGCCGUGAGGCCAAGAACUCGGAUGUGCUCCAGUCUCCACUGGACAGUACUGCCCGUGACGAGCUUUGAGGCAGCUGGUAAAAGCCAAAGCCACUGCCACACACCUAAACUUCAUGUACUUGCCUGGGACUAUAGGGCCACUUAGGCAGACAGCAGAGGACUCCACAAGCACAGUGGUCUCCAUGUCUUCCUGUUUAGCAGCCACUUGCACACAGGCAGCAUUUAUGGAGUACUUACUGUAUGCCAGAAACAGAGCUGGCCACCAAGAGAUUGGGCAGGAACAAGCUACAGUCCGAUGUGUCCAUCAUGAAGGAAGUUUUCUUGUUAGAGCAGUGAAAGAGGCAUGACUCCCCCUUAUCAGUGAUUGAUCUGAUCAUCAGGGGUUUUUUUUGUUUGUUUGGUAUUUUUUGUUUUUGUUUUUCAAGACGGGGUUUCUCUGUGUAUCCCUGGCUGUCCUGGAACUCACUGUGUAGACCAGGCUGGCCUCGAACUCAGAAAUCCACCUGCUUCUGCCUCCCAAGUACUGGGAUUAAAGGCGUGCACCACCACUGCCCGGCUGAUCAUCAGGUUUUAAUUGUUCAGACUGAGUCAGGUAUUAGGGGAUACAUAUUCAUUUUUAAAAUCUGUUUGAGUGUUUAUUGAGGGCUUACUGUAUGUUAGGUAUCAUUUUUAGCUCUGGGAAUACUGAAAUAAGAAAACAAAAUCAAUAUACCAAGCAGCUGCUAUGUGUCAGGUCUUAGGAGCCAUUGAUGAGUUGAGUGUCUGCUGUGUGUCACUCAGUAGGUGCUGGGGAUGGAGGCCCCAGUGGCGCUUAUGUUUGCAGUGGGAAUGGUAUACUUGCAGUGGAGACAGUAUUAAUGACCCUGUGUGCUAGCUAGGCUACACGCUGAGCACAAUGUCAGAGUCUGAAUAGAAUGUAACAAGCAUUUAUUGAGCACCUAGUGUGUCAGGCCUCAGACUCCAAAUUGGAAUGAGAAAUAGCCACCCUCCAUCCCAUCUGCCGGAGGAUGCUGUUCGUCCCAUGUUCAGAUGGGAGGGAUGUUCUCCUUUCCCUGGGUUGACUGCUGGGUCUCAGGAUACUCAUGACCUUGGGAGCCCUCCCCUGGGGGGGGUGCAGGUGGGGUCUGGGGCUCCUUUGCCCACCCCCAGCUGCCAGAGCUGCUUUCUGCCCUUGUGUCUCAGAUGUCCCUGGGCUGCUUAUGUGUCUGGGGCCUUGAGGUGCCCAGCUCCAUUGGGGUGUUCCUCUUGGCCUGGGCAGUGUGUUUCCCAGCAGGCCAGGGGGUCACUGUGCCUUCAACACUAAACUGAAUGUCAGCUGGUCCGUUGGUGUCACCUUCUGAGGAUGACUGCUUACCUGCUCAGGUCUUGGUAACUUGCUCAUGUUUUUAUUAAAUCCUCCUUAUUGGUUUUCACUGAA